AUGAUGGACCAGAAUCAACAUUUGAGUAAGACAGCAGAGGCACAACAUUCUGAGAAAAGGAAAACUAGAAACUACUGCAAUGGAUUCAAGAUGUUCUUGGCAGCCCUGUCACUCAGCUUCAUUUCUAAGACACUAAGUGCAAUCAUUAUGAAAGGUUCCAUCACUCAAAUAGAAAGGAGAUUUGACAUAUCAUCUUCUACUGUUGGCUUAAUUGAUGGAAGCUUUGAAAUGGGAAAUUUGCUUGUGAUUUUAUUUGUGAGUUACUUUGGAGCCAAAUUACACAGACCAAAACUAAUCGGAAUUGGUUGCUUCGUUAUGGGAAUUGGAAGUAUUUUGACUGCUUUACCUCAUUUCUUCAUGGGAUAUUACAGGUAUUCUAAAGACACCCCUAUUAAUCCAUCAGAGAAUUCAACAUCAAGCUUAUCAACUUGUUUGAUUAAUCAAAAUUUGUUACUCAAUAGAACAUCACUGGAGAUAGUGGGAAAAGGUUGGGAAAAGGAAUCUGGGUCACAUAUGUGGAUAUAUAUUCUAUUGGGUAAUAUGCUUCGUGGAAUUGGGGAAACGCCCAUAACACCCUUGGGGAUUUCUUACAUCGAUGAUUUUGCUAAAGAAGGACAUUCUUCUUUUUAUUUAGGUAAUUUGUUUGCAGUAACAAUGAUUGGUCCAAUCAUUGGCUUUUUACUCGUAUCUCUGUUUUCUAAAAUGUAUGUGGAUGUUGGAUACGUAGAUCUGAGCACUAUCAGAAUAACUCCUAAGGACUCUCGUUGGGUUGGUGCGUGGUGGCUUGGUUUCCUUGUGGCUGGACUAAUAUCCAUUAUUUCUUCUAUACCAUUCUUUUUCUUGCCCCCAAAUUUGGAUAAACCAAGGAAAGAAAAAAAAGCUUCAGUAUCUUUGCCUGUGCAAAAUGAGGAAAAGAGUCAAAUGGCUCAUUUGACCAAGCAGGGGCAAAAUGUUAGUGAAACUGUAGCUGGUUUUUUCCAGUCCUUGAAAAGCAUCCUUACCAAUCCCCUGUAUGUUAUAACAUUAGUUUUGACACUGCUACAAGCCAGCAGCCAUAUUGGAAUUAUUACUUAUGUCUUCAAAUAUGUAGAACAGCAGUAUGGCCAGUCAGCAUCUGAGACUAGCAUUUUGUUUGGAUUCAUAACCAUACCAACUUUUGCAUCUGGAGUGUUUACAGGAGGAUAUAUCAUUAAAAAAUUCAAAUUUACCUUGGUUGGAAUUGCGAAAUUUUCAUUUUGUAGCCAUAUGUUGUCCUUCCUAUUUCACCUAUUAAAUUUUGCGCUAAUCUGUGAAAACAAAUCAGUUGCUGGACUAACCUUGACUUAUGAUGGAAAUAAUCCAGUGGCAUCUCAUAUAAAUGUACCACUUUCUUAUUGCAACUCUGACUGCAAUUGUGAUCAAAAUCAAUGGGAACCACUCUGUGGAGACAAUGGAAUAACUUACAUAUCACCUUGUUUAGCAGGAUGCAAAUCUUCAAGUGGCAGUAAAAAGUCUGUUAUGUUUCAUAACUGUAGUUGUGUGGAAGUAAAUGGUUUCCAGAGCAGAAAUAACUCAAUGAAGUUGGGUGAAUGCCCCAAAAAUGAUCAAUGUACAAGAAAAUUUUAUGUUUAUAUAGUAGUGCAAAUAUUUAUCUUUUUUUCUUCUGCAUUGGGAAGCACCUCAAAUAUCAUGCUGGUUUUUAAAAAUGUUGAACCUGAACUGAAAUCACUUGCCAUGGGUUUCCAUUCACUAACUAUUCGAACACUAGGAGGAAUUCCAGCUCCUAUAUAUUUUGGGGCUCUGAUUGAUAGAGCUUGUAUGAAGUGGUCUGUCAACAACUAUGGGAAGCAAGGGUCUUGUCGGAUAUACAAUUCCACAUUAUAUGGAAAUACUUUCUUUGGCUUGACUACAGGCUUAAAACUCCCAGCUCUUGUUUUAUAUGUUGUAUUAAUUUCUGUUAUGAAGAAAAAAUAUCAAGGAAAAGAUAUCAAGACAUCAGAAAAUGAAAGAAAAUCCGUGAACGAAGCGAACUUAGAACCGUUAAGUAGUGAUGCCGCAGUGGACCGUGAAACACAUAUUUAA